GUGGCUACAAGUUGCUAUUAAUAGAUGAUAAAAAAAGCCUAGUGAUGUGAUGGGCCCGGUUUGUGCGUCACACUGCUCGACACUCUGCAUGUGAAUUCUCAGGCGAAGCUGCACGUGAUUUCUGGAGAAGAUCGGAACCGAACCUACAUGGAGGCAGAUUCUUCUGCCUCAGCUGCAAGCGAUGCUCUUAUUUCCACUCGUGUUGAAACUGUAAGGACGUCGUUCUCGAUAUAAGGAUAUUGCAUCUUAUUCGCUCUACAUACCGGACAAGGAGCAAAGCUGAAGAAAUCCGAACGUCACUAAUAGCCGUGUUGCGCGCUGCCUGCCAUCCGGACCCCACGCGUCCACCCGCCAUCCCCUGGUACCGACACCCCAGCAGUCCCAGAUGCCGAAGAAUAGCAAGGUGACCCAGCGGGAGCACAGCAAUGAGCACGUCACCGAGUCGGUGGCCGACCUGCUGGCUCAUGAGGAGCCGCUGGACUACAAGAGCAGCGUGAUGAACGUGGGCGGGGCUGGCGGAGCCCAGGCGCAGAAGGGCAAGGCGCCCCAGGACUCGCCCGACGCCUCGGACGGGCGGCCCGCCUGGAAUAGCAAGCUGCAGUACAUUCUGGCCCAGGUGGGAUUCUCUGUGGGACUGGGCAACGUGUGGCGCUUCCCGUACCUCUGUCAGAAGAACGGAGGAGGUGCCUAUCUGGUCCCGUACUUCAUCCUCCUCCUUAUCAUCGGGAUCCCCCUCUUCUUCUUGGAGCUUGCAGUGGGCCAGAAGAUCCGCCGGGGCAGUAUUGGGGUGUGGAACUAUGUUUGCCCACGGCUUGGAGGAAUCGGGGUCUCUAGUCUGAUGGUGUGCGGCUUUGUGGGCCUUUACUACAACGUCAUCAUCGGCUGGAGCAUCUUCUACUUCUUCCAGUCCUUCCAGUACCCCCUGCCCUGGAGCGAAUGCCCCAUCAGGAGGAAUGGGACGCAAGCCAUUGUGGAGCCCGAGUGUGAGAAGAGCUCCGCCACGACCUAUUUUUGGUACCGGCAGACACUGAACAUCACCAGCACCAUCGCCGACAGCGGCGGCCUCAACUGGAGGAUGACCCUGUCCCUGCUGGCGGCCUGGUUUAUCGUCUGCCUGGCUGUCAUCAAGGGCAUCCAGUCCUCGGGGAAGGUGAUGUACUUCAGCUCCCUCUUCCCCUACGUGGUGCUCUUCUGUUUCCUGGUCCGCGGGCUCAUGCUCAGGGGCUCUGUGGACGGCAUUGCUCACAUGUUCACACCCAAGCUGGAGAAGAUGCUGGAACCACAGGUGUGGCGUGAGGCUGCCACGCAGGUCUUCUUCGCUCUGGGUCUGGGCUUUGGAGGUGUCAUCGCAUUCUCCAGCUACAACAAGCAGGACAACAACUGCCACUUCGACGCAGCGCUGGUCUCCAUCAUAAACUUUGUCACCUCAGUGCUGGCCACACUGGUGGUGUUCGCUGUGUUGGGCUUUAAGGCCAACUUAAUGAACGAGAAGUGCGUCGUCGAGAAUGCCGAGAAGAUCCUGGGCUACCUUAACUCCCACGUGCUGAGCUACGACCUCAUCCCUCCGCACGUCAACUUCUCCCACCUGACCAGCUCGGACUACACCGAGAUGUACGGCGUCAUCAAGACGGUGAGGGAGGGCAGCUUCGCCCAACUGGGCCUGGACCCCUGUCUGCUAGAGGACGAGCUGAACAAGGCAGUCCAAGGCACGGGCCUGGCCUUCAUCGCCUUCACUGAGGCCAUGACGCACUUCCCGGCCUCACCUUUCUGGUCCGUCAUGUUCUUCUUUAUGCUUAUUAACCUCGGCCUGGGCAGCAUGAUUGGCACCAUGGAGGGUAUCACCACACCUGUCCUCGACACCUUCAAGGUGCGCAAGGAAGUGUUCACAGUGUGCUGUUGCAUUGCUGCCUUCCUCUUCGGCCUCCUGUUCGUCCAAAGAUCAGGGAACUACUUUGUCACAAUGUUCGAUGACUACUCUGCUGGCUUGCCCCUCACCAUUGUUGUCAUCCUAGAGAACGUCUCAGUGGCUUGGAUCUAUGGCACCAAGAGGUUCAUGCAGGACCUGGAGGACAUGCUCGGCUUCCGACCUUAUCGCUUCUACUUCUACAUGUGGAAGUACGUCUCCCCACUCUGCCUGAUUGUCCUGAUCUCUGCCACCAUCAUCGAGAUGGCUGUCGUCCCACCAGGGUACAACGCCUGGGUACAGGAACUGGCUGCAGAGCGCUUCCAGAGCUACCCCCCCUGGGCGAUGACUAUGUGCUUUGCCCUCAUCGGGGUGGCUAUGCUGCCGCUGCCUGUCAUCUUCAUCGCCCGGCAGUUCAACCUGAUGUCCGACGGCUCCAACAAGCUGUCUGUCUCCUACAAGAAGGGGAUGAUGAAGGACAUAUCCAACUUGGAGGACCAGGAUGAGACGCGCUUCAUCCUCAGCAAGAACCCCAGCGAGACACCCUCACCCAUGCCCACUCACCGCUCCUAUCUGGGCCCCUGCAGUACCUCCCCCAUGGAGAUGACCAGCAGCGCCCCCAGCGGCCGCUAUGGGACCGGAUACCAGAUGACUACCACACCCGAGUCUGAACUAUGAUCCUCAACCAGCUUCCCUUCCUCCAGCACUCAUCACGCCCCUCAGAGAGGCCAGCCAGGGUUGGCAUAGUGUUCUCCCACCUCAACCCCCCCACACUCCAGGCAGGAUGUCCCACAACUCUGGCCCAUAGUUUUGUCCCCUCCUUCCAGGUGAAGAGAAGGGAGACCCAGGACUCAAAAUCUGUUUAUCAACCCAUUCCAUCUGCUGAGCUUACAAAUAGGUCACAUGACUUCAGUGAAUUAGGAGGUACCUACCCCACGUGCUGCUGUGAUGAUGUCUUUUGGGGGGAUAAAGACUCCCUGUCAUCCCUCAGGGCUCUGUAGAGUCUGCGCUGGUUGAGGUGCCCAAAACACUGCAACACCCCAAACUUGAGCCCACCUAGUAGAGGGCUAUGGGUGGGGUGGGAGGGUCUAAAAGGAAAGAUAAGCUCUCAGACCCGGUUUCUUGCCCCAAAGAAAGGGUGUAUAAAUAUCCUAGGUAGUUAACUAAGGCUUGUAAAGUAGCAAAUUCAAAGCUCUGCUUUUUUCUGUUCUGUAUAUUCAGGUAAGUUGCGUUGCGUUGCCUUAUUCGGCUCAUGGGAGUUCUACUUACACAAAAAUGUUCUGAAGACA